GACUGAUCUUAUUUAUUAUUUAAAAUUAUAGGUUGAACGGAGAAUACGUCCGUUACUAUCAGUAUUAUCAAGUGCACAUGAAUAUGAUGAACGUUUUACGUUGAGUGGUCAAUUAUGGACUGAUUCUGAAGAAGACCUUGUCACGCGAUGGUCGUUCUCUGCUUCUGCAUUAUACGCCUUGACCGUUAUCACAUCCACUGGAUAUGAUCAUGUCACGCCAAGCACUGAUCCAGGACGUUUAUUUACAAUAUUUUUCGGCCUCGUUGGUAUACCUCUUAUGUUUAUCACUGCCGCUGAUAUUGGUAAAUUUUUGUCUGAAAUAGUUAUCCGAUCGUAUGGUAAAUUAUUAGAACUGAUAGAAUGGAUUGGUUCUUCAAUUGAUACCAUUCGUGAUUACCUCAGAGAUGAAGAUAAUGAUUCUACUGAUUCCAGGUAUAGUUACAAUUCAAGUUUUUACAAAUAUCAUUAUAACUAUGACAAUUUUUAAAU